ACAGUGUCUGAAAAAACUUAUCUGAUUUCUCUGUCUAGUUUCGCUGGGUAUUCCCUAUUAGAAGGUGAAAAAGAAUUUCUUUAUUUCUAUGAAAAACGUGAAACGACUUGAGCUUCGAAAACAAAGACUUCCCUGUAUGAUAACAAGUUUUCUACGUAUUGCGAUUACUUCUUUCAUAGAACACAUUUUCAAAAGGUUAACUGAAUCAGCGUUGAAUUUAAGGAAUUACGCCAAAAUACAGAAAAUAGUAUGUGAAUAAAGGAUAAAAAUCAACAUCAUAUAUUGAAAGAAAUAGUAGGAUCUGAAGGAACUAUUCUAAUUAUGAAAUCCCUUCUAGUCAUACUGUGCUUCAUUUUAUUCUUAUCUAACUGCGAUGGAAAAGGAAAGUCGUCCUCUGCAUGUUCCAAGGAAGAAAAAACCGUUUCUUACUUAGAUAUGGCAAUGGAAAUGAUUGAUAAAGCUAAAGAAAAUUAUAUUUCAAGUCAAAAUUCCAAAUUUCAAGCACUUACUUCCAAGCCUCUAGAUUGUGAAGAACUGCUAAAAUCAGGAACUAAUAAAAGUGGAGUCUACGUUAUUUGGCCACAGAACCGAAUAAUGGAUAGAAAACCUCUGGAUGUGUAUUGUGACAUGGAAACUGAUGGAGGAGGAUGGACAGUUAUUCAGCGGCGGGGAAAUUUCUCAAUGCCAAAGGACUAUUUUUUCAGAGAAUGGUUAAGUUAUAGAACUGGAUUUGGCGACGUAGAAAAAGAAUUUUGGUUAGGCAACGACAACAUUUUUGCUUUGACUAACCAGCGACUGUAUUCUGUUCGCUUUGAUAUGAAAGAUAUGGCUGGUGAAUCGAGAUAUGCACUCUAUGACAGAUUUUGGAUAGACGAUGAAGAUCACUUAUACGCUCUCCACAUUUCAGAGUACAGUGGAAAUGCAGGUGAUUCUAUGGUAAAUGUUCAUAACAAUAUGAAAUUCUCCACGAAGGAUAAGGACAAUGAUUCCCAUGGGGAUAAUUGUGCACAAAUGUUUAAAGGUGGAUGGUGGUAUGGUUCUUGCCACGAGUCUAAUCUGAAUGGACUUAAUUUGCGAGGAAAACACGACACCCAUGCCGAUGGUGUUAACUGGAAGAGCUUCAGGGGACACAACGAGUCUUUACAAAAUACGGAAAUUAAAAUAAGACCGAAAAAUUUCAAGAAUAAUCCAUCCCCAAUUGAAGAGUACGAAACACCUAAAUAGUAUAUUUGUUAAAAAAAAAUUAUUACAAAAGAUGGCGCAAUACGGAUCUGCUUUAAAAUAAAGUGUGUCAUACAAUGACAUCUAUCUCAUAAGCGAGUAAUGACUAACUUCUAAUGAUUAACGAGGCUUUGCAGUUCUACUUAUCAUCCAACACGCUCUAGUACGUAAUUUUUGAAAUAACUACGCAUACUUAUUAACUAUUCUAUAAGUCUAUGCGUAGUUAUUUCAAAAAUUACGUACUAGAGUGCGUUGGAUGAUAAGUAGAACUGCAAAGCCCUCGCUAAUCAUUAAAAGUCAGUCAUUUAUGAGAUAGACGUCAUUAUAUGACCCACUGUUUUAAAGCAUAUUAUACUAUUCUUAUAUUAUACUUUCGCAAAUUAUACAUACUUAUUAACUAUUCUAGGCCAACCGGACUGUGUAGGGGUCAGGGAACUGGCCUUGCGUCAGAAAGGUUCUGGGUUCGAAUCCCGGUCAAGGCGUGGAUGUUCUUAAUGGGGGAGCAACGUUGUCUCAUCUAAUAUGAUGAUCCUGAAAGAGUGGCCAACAAAAUCUGCCCUUCAGAUGCCUGUGUGACGAAAUGUCAUUCCACAGGUGGGCACUGGAAAAAAAUAUGAACUAUUCUAUUACUUUUUUUAAGGUUAGUGUUGGGCUUUUCGACACUAGUGCAUGCGCUAGGGCAUUUGUUUUAAAACUCAACUUACAGAGGCGUGCCGGAUGACAAGAAAAACUGCGAAAUCUCUCUAUUAUAAAAAACGAGUACUUAACAAGGUGCAUGCCUAAGAAAUAAGAACGUAUUAAACACUUCCCUCCAUGAUUUACAAACUACCUAUCCGUUGAAAUAAUAAGAGAUUUUAGGACGGGUGCUACAAGAAUGACGUCAUGCAUAAAAUUAUUUGAGAAUUUUACUUAAGUUACGUGAUUCAGACUCUACUUCUCAAAGUUUUUUUUUACAGCUUUGAAAAUUCACAAAAAGAAUUUUCUUCUAAAAACAUUUUAUGGCGUUUCAUUAUCAUUCAUAAGACUUAAAAUAAUUACAGCUAAUUAUAAUGACAGAGUAAUCAAUGUCUUGACAUGUAAUAAGACAAUUUAAAUUGGACAAUUUGAAUUAUCACUAUGCAUAAAACCUUAGUCACUGACUGCUUGUGGUAUCGUUUUCAUAGAAUCUUUGGAAAACAUAAAACCAAGAAUCAAUAUUGAACUGACUAAACUAAAUUAAAUAAUGAAAGAAAACUAGUCGCAUAUACGACAGGAAGUACAAAGCUUCCUUUUGCAAGUGAACACAUUCCAACGUUACGAGGGAAAAUUAGUUGAACUUUAGAAAUAAUUUAUAAACACAUUAUCGUUUUGGUAGAAAAUUAUUCUCUUCGUUCAAACGCAAUUUCAGUUUGUUUUUUUUUAAUUUAACCACAAAAAAAUACUUUUCGAAAUGUGGUGAUAUCAAAGGGUUUUAACCAACUUUUCUCAAAACCAAUGGCUUAAUAUUUUUCAUGUAUUCCUUCCUGAUUUUAUAUUUUGUUUUCUGUCUUAGUGUGUGAUUUUUUCAAUGUAGAAAUAAAAUUAGUAUUAAAAUAACGCUGAAUUUUCUCGAAGAA